UUGUAGUUUUUCAAAGUGCAUUAUUACCAAACAAGGUGGAAAGCGAUGUCUAGUGAUGAGCAAUCCGAUAAAGAGUGUCCUUUGUGCAUGGAAGCACUCGAAAUCGAUGAUAUCAAUUUUUACCCGUGCAAAUGUGAAUAUCAGAUAUGUAGAUUUUGUUGGCACCGAUUGCGAACUGAUGAGAAUGGAUUAUGUCCGGCAUGUAGACAACCGUAUCCGGAAGAUCCUGUCAACUUCAAACCUCUGACUGCUUCAGAUGUUCAGAAGAUGAAAACAGAAAAGCGUCAAAAACAGCAACUGCAAAAGAUCAAGAUAUGUGAGUCUAGGAAACAUCUAUCUUCAUACAGAGUGCUACAAAAGAAUCUCGUGUAUGUAGUGGGCUUAUCGGCCAGAGUUGCAGAUCCGGAAACUUUGAAGAAACCCGAGUAUUUUGGAAAAUAUGGCCGCAUACUGAAGGUUGCUGUGGGAUCUUCACCAUCACUGAGCGGUCCACAGUCGGCAUCAUGCACAGCUUAUGUAACUUACGCGAGAUAUGAAGAUGCACUUAGAGCUAUACAGGCUGUUAAUAAUGCACAGUUAGAUGGACGUAUUGUAAAGGCAUCACUUGGGACGACAAAAUAUUGUACAAAUUUUCUUCGCAGUCAGCCGUGUUAUAAACCGGAAUGUAUGUAUUUGCAUGACGUGGCGGAUACAGAAGUGAGUUUUACGAAAGAUGAUAUGCAUCUUGGGCGACAUGCAGAAUACGAAAAACGACUGAUUGAAUCAACUCUCAGGGAGAAAAGUCAACGUGGAAGGACUUCGUUUAUGAUAAAUACGGAUGGAAAAACAUCAAAUGAAAGCGCUGAGCGUGGACUGCACUUUCGCUCAGUGCGGAUAGAGAAUAGUCAGGAUAAAGGAAAAUCCUCACAAGGUAGAUCACCGUCGAAUGAUAUGAAGAUAGCUGCAAACCAAGUGAAUGGAGAAGUAUCAAAAAAUCAGCCGUGUUCUGUGAUAAAUAAUAAGCGAAUUAGUGAGAAUAAAGGUUCAGAUAAAGAGAACGAAGCCCGGUCUCAGCUAGAAAAAACUUCGGGAAUAACAAAUGAUGCGCCAUUGUCUGCAAUGCUUGAGCAGCAAGCGGUGAUUCCCGUCACAAAAGUUAAUGAGGGAAUUGGUUCAAGAUCUCGGUUGUCAGAAUGGAUUUCAUCUAGUCAAAGUGUCAUGCCGCGUACUGCUACCACAUGCGCUUCGAUAGAGAAAAUGUUCUUAAACACUAAGGAGAAAGCAGAUGUGAGCAGUGCGAAAGCGCUAUUGAAUAACAACAGUUCACAGUCGACAAAUGAUAUUCCACCAUGUGAUUGGCAACGUGCACUAGGAAUCUGUGGAAAAGUUGAUAAUUUGACAGCAAAGAAUGCGAUCACUGAUUUCUCGACAGCAUUGUCUAGUUCACAAACUAGAAUGUUGCCGAAAAGCACACGGCUCAGUGUAUAUAGUGAUGAUGAUUUAGGCUUUGAUCCUAUUUCGGAGUCUGCGAAAGGUUUAGCAGAUUUGUUGGAGGAAGAGAAAACGAUUUUGCCGCAAUGCUCAACACAGAAUGCUGGUGGGAUGACAUCUGUAUCAUCGUCACUGAUGUCACUGGGUCUGCAGUGUGGUUGGCCUUCAAUGGGUAUUUCGAAUGGUGCUUCUCCGAUGUUGGUGAGAAAUGCACUUGGAACAGAUGUUGAUUUAACAACAACGGCAACGAACAAUUACGCCAAUGUCGAUUGUUUUUCACAGCCACUAAAAUUUUCUUCGCAAACCGCUCAGACAUUCAACCAACAACUGUCGUCGGUAUUUCACACUAGUCAGUACUCGUCACAUCCGUAUUUUCCACCUUCAAAACCUCAGAUGGCUCGAGUCGGUAAUUUCGUGAAUCCACCCAGUAAUUUGGUCUUCAAUCCAGCACAGCCACAACGAUGCCCUUCCUUCAGCAGUAACACACAGUUUCACUCAAACGUUUCUCUGGCUGCAGCAAACCAAAUUGAUGGUACCAAGCUUCACGAAUGGCAGGAAGGUUUCCGGGCGCUGUUACCGAAUGUAAAUGUUCGUUUUGUAUCGGAUCUUAGUACUGCAGGUUAUCCCCCUAGUCGGACAUCACCUAUGGAAAUGCAACGCACCACCAAUCAAUUUUCGUCAACCUUAAAUUAUGAUCAAACGAUGCCGAUGUCGGCGCAACUCCUGAAUCCAAUGGCAUCACCCGCCCCGCCACCAGUACCAACUAUAAAUUCCUACCCUCAUUCAUCACAACAGUGGAUGAUGCCUCCACCCGGUUUUUCGUACGUUUCCAAGCGAUGAAAUAAAGUGAAUCUAGUUGUAUUCUAGCUGUCGCUUAUGAUUUGUAUCCCUGUGGAGAAAUUUCUUUUUCUAUUCUUUCCUCUGAUUACUUGAUUGUUUUCCGUAUCAAAUUCUAUGAAUUUUUUGUGCUUCAUCAAGAUUUUGAAAGUGUCAUGUGCAGCACCUACUAAAUUUCAAAGUGCUCUUUGAAACAAAUGAGGCUCUAAAUUGCUCUUUUUCGAUUGGGAGUGUAGUGCAUAAUGUACAUCUUUUUAUCCUAAAAAGUUUGGAGCUCUGUGUUAUCUGUCUCGUUACUAAAAUUGUGGCCAUCCACUAGUUUUUCUUGCCACUGUUUAAAUAUUACUAUUUGUAUGGUAGUAUGUUGGUUCACCAACGGAAAUUUCCUUAUUUUUCAGAGGACUCGUGAUUUCCUGUACUGUGAUAAAGUUCCUGUUGUGCAAAAUAUAAAAGAAAUCAAAUUUAGUGUGCUCAAGUGCUUGUAAUUUGUCCGCCUCCUCAGAGCAAGCAUCGUUUUAUUCUUACUGGCAGUGCUGUAAUGUAUAACAUUAUUCUUCCAGCUCCUGUCUCGCUUGGAUGAUGUAGUGAGCAGGCUACAUUAUUCCUGAACAAUCUGUAUUCCAGAGUGUUUUAUUGUUAGUAAAGUCUUCAACAUUCACUGUUGUUUUUCUUUCUCCGCAUCGUAAUUUUU